AUGGCCCUCCACCUCCUCACUCCCACCCACCUCCACCACCCCUCCUCCCCCCUCCCGCGCCGCCGCGCCGCCGCCUCGGCCACAGCCACGCUCGCGCACCCACUCCGCGCCCACCCCCGCCUCCGCCUCCGCCUCGCCACCGCCGCGUCCUCCCCGCGCACCGGGCCACGCCGCGCCGGCAUGUCGGCCAUCCGCAGCUCGCUCAUCGACCCGGACGGCGGCGCGCUCGUCGACCUCGUGGCGCCGCCGGGGAGCCGCGCGGCGCUGCGGGCCGAGGCGGAGGCGCUCCCGCGGGUGCGGCUCGCGGCCGUGGACGUGGAGUGGGCGCACGUGCUCGCCGAGGGCUGGGCGUCCCCGCUGCGCGGCUUCAUGCGGGAGCACGAGUACCUCCAGUGCCUCCACUUCAACUCCCUCCGCCUCCCCUCCGGCGGCCUCGCCAACAUGUCGCUCCCCAUCGUGCUCGCCGUCGACGACGCCGCCAAGGACCGCGUCGGGGCCGCCCCCGACGUCGCGCUCGCCGGGCCCGACGGCGAGCUCCUCGCCGUCCUCCGCAGUGUUGAAAUAUACCCUCACAAUAAAGAAGAAAGGAUUGCAAGAACAUGGGGGACAACUGCGCCUGGCUUACCUUAUGUCGAUGAGGCGAUAACACCAGCUGGGAACUGGCUGAUUGGUGGUGAUCUGGAGGUGUUGCAACCCAUUAAGUAUAACGAUGGCCUCGACCAUUACAGGCUUUCACCCCAGCAACUUAGGGACGAAUUUGACAAGCGUGGGGCUGAUGCUGUAUUUGCGUUCCAGUUGAGAAAUCCAGUCCACAAUGGGCAUGCACUGUUGAUGAAUGACACUAGAAGGCGUCUCUUGGAAAUGGGUUUCAAGAACCCCAUUCUACUGCUACACCCCUUGGGUGGUUUUACAAAAGCUGACGAUGUCCCACUGCCUGUUCGAAUGGAACAACACAGCAAGGUCUUAGAAGAUGGAGUCCUUGACCCUGAGACCACUAUCGUGUCUAUAUUUCCCUCUCCAAUGCAUUAUGCUGGUCCAACAGAGGUGCAGUGGCAUGCGAAGGCAAGAAUUAAUGCCGGUGCUAAUUUCUACAUAGUGGGUCGUGAUCCAGCUGGCAUGGGCCAUCCAACAGAGAAGAGAGAUCUGUACAACCCAGACCAUGGGAAGAAAGUCCUAAGCAUGGCCCCCGGUUUGGAGAAACUCAACAUAUUGCCCUUCAAGGUAGCAGCAUACGAUACGGUAGCGAAGAAGAUGGCUUUCUUUGAACCUUCACGCAGUCAAGAUUUUCUGUUCAUCUCAGGAACCAAGAUGCGCACUUUCGCCAAAACCGGAGAGAACCCUCCUGAUGGUUUCAUGUGCCCUGGUGGGUGGAAGGUUCUUGUUGACUACUACAAUAGCUUGCAAACGGAAGGAGCUACCACCCCCGCCACCGCUACUGUAUGA